AUGACGCUCCGGGCCGCCGUGCUCGCUGUGGCCGCCUUCUGCGUGGUGGGCGUGGCCUACGAUGCCUUCGUCGCGCCUGCAGCACGUCCGGCGCCCGUGGCCAUGCCCAAGACCGCCUGUGCAGCGCCCAGCGGAGCCACUGAAGGGUGGGGCUUGGCUAUGGCCGGCCUGGCCGCCGGUGCUCACGCCGGCCUGGCCGUCGCCUGGCGCUGCCGCUCGCAGCGGCAGGCAGCCGCCAAGGAGUCCACGCCGACGAAGUACACGGAGACGGUUGCAGACGAGCGCCUUUUUGAGCAGGUCUACCUCCAGUACACUUCGGAGUACCUGAAGGGCCCUCUCUACUGGCACCCGGAUAAGCUCCAGGGCUGGCUGCCGGACUACCCUGGCACUCCCAUGAUCAAGGAGGGCAAGUACACCUCCCACGUCAUCGGCAACCUCAAGGCUUUCAGCUCGAACGAGCUGGCCUUCCUUUCCAUGCUCUUCUUUGGCGUGGGUCUCUACGGCAAUCUCCAGUUCAACUUCUACGACCCGCAGUGGGCGAAGGUUGAUGCGGGCGGCUUCUUCAACGUGUCCUACAUCGUUGAGUCCUUCCUGCUGCCCAUCUCCUUCUUCAUGCACAUCGCAUGCUACAUCCAGCGACAGAACGGCAAGUGA